GACCAUCCCUCGGGGCCACUGCGAGAGAAAGACUGGGAGCACCAAGUCGCUCUCCCUCAAUCUCCCACGCUUCUGUCCCUCCUUCCACCCCCAUGGCGGCGCGUCACCUGGUUCGGCGGCGGCCCCGCAACCUAACUACCUACAGAUUCUACAAAGAACUCACAGGCCACCAGUCCGACAUGAUGUUUAUGGUUCCAGAGGAAGGCCUGAAUAAGAUGCCUUAUGGCAGAAUUCUAAGGGCAUUACAUAUUUUAGAAGCUGCCCUUCAAAGGAAUGAGGUGCCUCGGGUCACCAUCAUGGCCCACCUUAAGGUGCUGAUGGACCAACUGCAUGUUGGACAGGACCCUUUGGGGGAAACCUCAGACACUUCAGAGGUCACCACCAUCAUCCAGAAGCAUGGUGGUGUCCAGACUCUUUUAUCCCUCCUGAUGGUGAAAGACCUUGGGGGCCGAUGCUGCUUCCUGGAGACCUGUCAGCAUGACCUUAAUGUGGGCAGCCUGCAUGCUGUGACCCUCGACAUCCUCAGGAAGCUCACCCUGGAGUUACAUUCUGGGGCACGACUGAGUGAGAGUGAUGAGGUUCUCCAAAUCCUGUUCUCCUUAAUGCUGGAUAAGGAGACGUAUACCAAGGCCAUUGCCCUCGUGGAGCAUCUCCUCAUCUUCCGCAAGUCAACCCUGCAGUUGAACACCAUCCCCAGCUUGGACCGCCUUAUUGCCAAGCUGGAUGGGCAGUACCUGGCCAACUUUUGCAGCAUUCUAGCAGUCACCAUCUCAGACCUGGAUGUGUACGAGAACAAAACUUUGUUAUAUGAGCAAAGCAAGCUGCGAAGCAACAUCAAGUCCCUGUCUCCCCUGCGAGACAUCAACCAAGAAUUCAUUCUGAGAAUCCCUCAUUUCCUCUCCCGUCUGGUAGACUUUGCCACCAAGCUGCCAUAUGAACCAAGGUAUUCUGGGCUCACAAUGGAGGUGGAGCACUGGAUGCGUCUCAUUGAAGACUCCAUGCGUGAAAUGUUGAGAGGCAACCAGAGUCAACAACCUUCAUCUUCUGGCUCACUUAGUGUAACUUCACAAACUAAUCCUAGACAUCUUAUGGAUCUGAUGAACCGAAUACAACCCCAGACCAUCGCCAACCAGAUAGAUUCUCUGACGGGUCCCAUGCUGCAGCGUGUGGAGAGUGUCUAUGUACUAGGACUGCUGCUGCUCGGUAAACAACGCAAGGAGGUGCAAGUACAGCUGGCUAGACUCAGGCUUAUUCCUCGUCUCUCGUCUCUCUUUGACCUCUUCAUCUGGAAGUGUGAAACGUAUCAGGAAAGGAUAAGAGUUCCAGGUCACCUAAGCUCCUGUGAAUGCAGUCCUGAAGUUGCCCUCAAGAUACAGUUCCUCAGACUAGUGCAUAGUUUCUGUGAUCAGUCAGACUACAGAUACCUGAUGCUUACUCCCAAGGAGUUCACUGAAGUGCGCAAGAUCCACAUCCACUAUGGUCGUGAGGACAACUUCUCUCUACAUCCCGGCCCCUCCCCAUCUCAGUCUCCUACCACAACGCCCCCUGAAAGUUCCAAUGGCAAUGAACCUGCCAAACCCAACCUGCCCUGCAAUGACAACAGCCAGCCUGAAAGAACAGAGGAGUGGGCAGCAACCAACAUGGCCAGUCAAGCCAGGCCUCUGGUGGAGUAUCCUGCUGAGCAGAUGUGUAGUGGCUCCAAGGGAUUGCUACUUAAGAUUGUUGAAGCCCUAAAGAAGGAAACAACUGGAUCAACAUUCAGGUUUUGGUUUUCAAGAGCCAUUGAGAGUUACCUACGCAGCCCCAACCCAUAUGCUGACCAAGUAUUUUUAUUGAGACGUGGACUGCUAAAGCAUCUUGCUGGAUCUUUGCUACAAUGUGACCCUGGACCCAACCAGAAGGAGGUACUUCAGUCUACCUUUGACCUUCUUGGGGAGCUGCUGAAGUUCAAUGACAAGGCAUACAAGAGACUGGAUUCACUCAUUGCUACAGAAUUUAAGGAAAAGCAGCUGUUCUCAUUGGUGACCAAAAAUCUUGUGGACUCCAACAUGCUGGUGCGUUCACUAGUCCUCUCCCAUGACUAUUUUGUAAGAGUUCAAGGUGCAGAAGCCUUUGUGGCUAAAUCCCGUACCCUUCACCACGUGUCCACCUUCAGGCAGCGUCUCAGCUUCCUGGUACAACUCAUCAAAACAAUCAGUGUUGACACUUUGACACAGGAAAAUGUGAGUUGCUUGAACACAUCUCUAGUUAUCUUGAUGUUGGCUCACAAACAUUCAGAGCUCCCUCUUUACCUAGAGGCUCUGCGCACCCAUGUAGAGCCACAUCUUCUCACCAAUCUACGGUCCCUCCUUCGUUUCUGGCAGACACAUUAUCUCCACAACAAGGACAAGGAUUGUAACACACUGCAGCGGAGUUCUGGUAUUUCUUUUGACUUUUGGCGUGAGACUGUUGCAACUCUGGUGGCGGAGAAGAAGCUCUCUCCUGAUUGUAUCUACCACUACCUCUCACCUGAGGAUCUCACUCUUUCCCGCACCAGCUAGUGUGUGGCCUCACCCAGUCCUCAUCCCCAUCCCAGUCCUCAGAGGCUGGUUCCAAUGGUGGCAGGUGAGGAGGGUGACAGUGAUAGUGAUGGAUGAGUCUUGUUCAACCUGAAUGUUAAAUUUUUCUAAGCAUUCUGACAUGAAUGCUAAAUGGAAAUGUCUAGUUGAAAGCCUGACAAAAUGGAGAUGGUGAGUAAGAUGGUGAUGAUGGUCAGUUCCAGAUGAGAUACAGUACAAACAGGCUCUGGGACUACUAUUUAGGCUAGACAAGAGUUGCAGCAUUGAUUGACACAACUUGUAACCAUAAAAGAAGAAAAUUUAUGUGCUGAUUUUUCCACGUCAAAAGAAGUUGUGAUUUUGUAAAUAAUGCAGUGGCAAUACAGCCACCACACCCUGAUUGCAUUUCACCCAUCAUGAGUUUGUAAGAGAUGGUUCAGUACACAGGAGGAGUCACUACGUACUUGUUAUAUUGUGGGAUCUUUGCAAAAAUAGAAAUACUUUACUAACCUUUACAGACAAAGUCAUCAAGCAUUAUAAAUUACUGUUUUAUCAGUUAUAACAAAUAGUUUCAGUGAGCUAAAAAUUAACUGUAUUGGAAUACCAGUGCAACCAAGAGGUUACAAACCCUUGGUUUUAAUACAUACUUUGGAUUGUUAUUGUCAUAGGUUUUAUUUAAGCUCAUAUAUUUAGCCUUAAGUGAGAGUUUAUUUCCCUGCUAUCUGUUGAAGAAAAUUACUUUACAGUUAUAAUGUGUAUUUUGUUGUUUAGAAUAUAUUGAGACAAUCUAGAUAACACAUAAUCUAAUUAUAUUUUUGUUUACAUGUCUUCUAAUGUUUCUCUGUGUUGAACAAGCACAAACAUCACUAGUUAGAUCAUCCUGAAUUGAGUAGGUGCCCAAUGCUUUGUGGACCACAAAUAUUGAACCUGAGAUGAUACAGGACACAAGAAGAGUUUGUUUAUUUGAGUAGGUCCAUGUUUUAUCUGACAGAAGAAAAACAAACCUCAAACUUGGGACUUGAAGUGUCUUUUGGGAAUCUGUGAUUGUGGGCAUUGAGCACAGGAGUAGUAGAUAGUGGGACAUCAUGUGAUGUAAGCAGACAUGUACCCAAGCUCUCUUGUAACUUGUGACAGAAAACACUAAAAUUCCCUGCAAUUAAUCUGUAGUAAGGUCAAUGUGUUAGUGGCUUUAAAUCAGUCUGGUGAAGGUGUUGGCAAGAUGAGAGACUACACAUCAUCAUAAGUUCUUCCAAGCAUCUUCCACACACACACACUGCACAAGAUAUCUCAAGCUUGUUUGAUGAUCCAUUUGAAAAGAUAGCAUUCUCUUACAUGUCUGUAUAUAAUGAGGAACCAUCAUCCUGUUUUAA